GAGAAGGAAAGAAGGAAAACUCAGAGGGAAGUGGCAGGCCUCAGCACGCUCUUUUUCACUCUCACCCUCUUCUUCCUUUGGCCCAGCUAAGACUGUUGCUCCAUCAAGCGACCCCAGCCUCAGAGCACUCCCCGCCUGCCCUCGGAGCCCAGGGCAGAGCAGCUGCAGCUGCUCUGAGGCCCCUCCAUGAAUCCUAACAAGAAAGUGGACCUGAAACUCAUCAUCAUUGGAGCCCUGGGUGUGGGAAAGACCUCUCUACUUCACCAGUAUGUGCACAAGACAUUCUACGAGGACUACCAGACCACGCUGGGGGCCAGCAUCCUCUCCAAGGUUAUCAUACUAGAUGACACAACUUUGAAACUACAGAUCUGGGACACCGGUGGUCAGGAACGGUUCCGCUCCAUGGUGUCCACCUUCUACAAAGGCUCUGACGGCUGCAUCCUGACCUUUGAUGUCACUGACUUGGAGUCCUUCGAAGCCUUGGAUACUUGGCGGGGUGAUGUUCUGGCCAAGACCAUCCCAAUGGAACAGUCUUACCCCAUGGUGGUGCUGGGGAACAAGAUCGAUCUGGCAGACCGACAGGUGCCCCAGGAGGUAGCCCAAGGCUGGUGCAAAGAGAAGGACAUUCCCUACUUUGAAGUCAGUGCCAAGAAUGACAUCAAUGUGGUGCAGGCCUUCGAGAUGCUGGCCAGCCGGGCCCUGUCCAGGUAUCAAAGCAUCUUAGAGAAUUACCUCACAGACUCCAUCAAGCUCUCACCAGAAGACCAGGCCAGGAGAGGAUGCUGCUGACCUUCCAGACUCCUGUCCUGGACUCCCAGAGACAAAGCCUGCCCUGGGGCUGGUGACCCCAAGCUCAGCCUGGGUGGCUUAGGCUCUGCUGCCAGAGUCCCUGAUCCCAUUGCUUCCGUGCUGGGCGUAGAGCACGGAGGAAAACCACCGCCUCAGGCUGAAUGUGGUGAGGGCAGAGCUGGGCCCUAGGGGUCCAGAUGAAGCCCAGAAUGUUGCAGCCAAAUGCUGGUCCUAGAGCGGUCACAGUUCCCUGCUGGCCCCAGCUUUCCUGCCAUGCUCCCUCCCCAAACACACACUGCUCCAGAACGCACAUCUCUCCAGACAGGCUGCUGCCCCUGGUAUCACUCCUGUGGUCGUGAUCUGCUCCCCCAGACCACCACACACCUCCCAAAGCCCAGCACAGCACUGGAUGUUGGUGCAACUCAGUCCCCUCUGGCACCAAGGCCAAGAGUGAGGUUCUGGGCGCCUGCUCAACCCCUGGACCACCCUGUCUGCUCCCUCAAGAGUGCAGAACUGAAGGAGUACAGGAAAACCCCCCAGGGACUCUGCAUGCUCAGGGACUCCUGUAAACCCCUCUGAGCCGCGGCUUGUCAUGUGUCAGAUGGGUGAUACGUGCCCUGCCUAUGUCAGCGUGUUCUGAGGGGCGGAAGCUCUGCUGAAGUCUCAGUCGCUCAUGUUGAUGUGUGUGUAUUUCGUCUCUUAACAGCAUUUUUGAGUAUCUUACUAUGCACAAUGCGUUGACGUUCAGUGACGAGCAAAACAGACAAGGACCCAACUCUCCUGGAGCCAAGAUUCUGGUGAAGGUGAUAAUCACAGAAUGUAAACAGAUAUUCUCAAAUAGCAGAGAAGUGCUGUGAACAAAGUGAAUGAAGUAAUGGGAUACAGAGGGACAGAGGUUUGGGUGGGGUGUUAUUUUAGACAGAGUAGUCCGGGAGGGCUUCCCUGAGGAGGUGACAUUGACCCAAGUGCUAGAGAAUGAGAAGGCCACUGCCACCUGAGAUCUGGAGGAAGGACAUUCCAGAGAGAGGGAGCAGCAAGGUCAAGGCCCUGAGGUGAGGACAAGCUUGCUGUGUUCCAGGAACAGUGAACAGACACACAUGAACCUGAGGCUCAAAGGUACCGUCCCAGAGACAAGGCAAAGGAGCCAGGGCUCCUUCCCCAGCCCUGACCGCUCCCUGAUGCUGUGCUGACAUUGGCCACCAGAGGGCAGCAAUGUCCCACUCCCUUCCUGGCUGAGCGAAAAAUGGACACCGUGGACUUUUGAAGGGCACUUGUUUCUGGUGCACUGAUGCUCCAAGCUUGUUGGUGGGCUCUGGGCAUGUUUAACCCUUCAAGAUCUGUGGGACAGUUCUGACUUUUUAAGUCUAGCGUGAAAUGGGUAAAAACAAAAGUGAUUCAGACAAGAAAUCAAAACGGAUUACCUGAUCAGCAUUGGUGACAUAUACUAGAAUGAGGGGCCUGGAAAGCUCACGAAUUCUCUGUUCCUGAAACCUCUAAGGCUAUAAUCUAUCCUCCUGGGUACAGACAGCAUAGACCGGGGUAGACAAGAUGGCCUCUCAGGCUCUCCCAUGGCUGAGUCCACACCCACUAGAGAAGUCUCUUUUGUAGAAGUAUUCUUACCUGAGCUCCAAGCCUCUGACUGCCAGAUCUCACUGACCCUGAAGAUAUGCCUAGAAGACAGGAGUCAGUGCAGGGGAUCAGCAAAGGAGUUUUGGGGGCCCCUUCUCCCCACACUCAGCUCUGGGUAUGAACUGGCACAUCCAGGGCAGUGGCACAUUGCUGGCAUAGGCCAGGGUGGGUACCAGCACAGCUCUAUCUCACUAUCCUUCAGCACUCCCAAAGACAAAUGGCACUCAGAAGGCAGCCCAUCAGACGGCCCUCCUGGGAGUCAGACUGUGGGUUGGUCAACGUGCCCUAUGCGGGUGUGUGUGGCAGCCUGUGUAAAGCAACAGACAUAUGGACUAUGUCUAUGUGUAUGCAACAAAUAAUAAAUGUGUCCUUGUUUUUAUCCUUUGUGGUAUUU